AUGGAACUGGAAUUGAACACUAGAAUAAGUGCAUCUGCUCCACUUCGUGACAGUAGAAGUUCUACGAUUGGCCAUAUCUCUCAGGAUGACGGAAGCAAUGAAAGAAAGCCCGAUUUUAAAUGCUGGUUAUGUGAGACGUCUGAUCAUUGGAUCGAUCAGUGCAAGAAAGUGCUUUCGAAAACCCAAGAAGAGCGAUUUCAACUGAUGAAAGACAACAGGGCGUGCUUCAGCUGUCUCAAGAGAGCUGGUAAGGAUCACAACAUGGGGACAUGCAAGCGCAGGAAAAGAUGUAAUGAGGUGAUCAAUACUGGUGAGCAGUGUUCAUCAUACCACCACCCUUUACUCCAUAAGCAGAUUGAGACAGGGAGUGCGGGUGUUGCCAGUAUUACAGGAACACCUGUGCUUCUGCCUGUACUUAAGAUAAAGAUGGCGGGCCCGAAUCGAAAUUGCGAAGGAAAUUGUCUCCUAGACUCGGGAUCUCAGAUGAGUCUCGUAAGGAACGCAGUAGCAGAAGAGUUAGGACUGAAAGGGAAUCCUAUUGUCGCGAAUGUUACCAAGGUCGGAAAUGAAACAGAGGAAUACAACACUAUGCUGUACAAGGUGAAAGUUCAAGGGAUUAAUGGUCAUCAGAGUUACACUAUUUCUGCGGUAGGACUUGAUGUAAUUAAUAACGGCAUUACCCGAGUUAGUGUUGAAGAACUGGGACGGAUGUUCAACCUGAGGAAAGAUGAAAUUCACAGAGGAAGUGGGCCAAUUGAUAUCCUCAUAGGAAUGGACCAUUCCAAAAUGCAUGUAGGGUACACGAAAAUACAAGGGAAUCUCAUGGCCCGUCGCUCGCCGUUAGGUUGGGUCAUUUUCGGAAGUACUACAGAAGGAUACCCAGAAGGAGCAGUUCUCCAUGUCACGGUAAACAGCCCUUUAGAUCUCCGAAAAUCCUUGACAACAGAAGGAAUGAAAGUAUGUAAUGAUCCACAGAGAUGUCAGCACAGUAGAAUGAUUGAACAAGAAGAUGAGGAGUUUCGAGUCAUCAGUUCUUCAAGUUCUUCAUGUGAGAAGAUGGAAAAGCAAUGGCUCGACCAAUACCCUCGGCGGAAAGACCAGUCGCGGCAUAUUCCCCAGAACCUGAAUGUCGCAGAUGAAGUCAGCAGAUGCGUUAGCCUGGACAAGCUGAAUGACAGGGAGAUGGAAGGUCUUGACUUUCUUUGUAAAACAGUGACAGAACGGCCCGCAGAAGCAAAGCUAGAGGAAAAGCUUCCUGAGGUAGACAGGGAAUUGCGAAUGGAGAGACCAGUUUUGACUGUACAAGAAUCAAAAUCCCAACAUAGAAUUGACUGUCAGCAAUUUAUUAACUGGAGGAAACUUGUGAGGGUGACUUCAUACGUCCUGAAGUUCAUUGGAAAGUUGAAGUUAAAGUCCAAGAGAAUGGUAGAUGAGGACGUCGAAGUCGCCAAUGGUAACCUGACACCAACUGACAUACAGAAAGGAGAGGACCAUUUGAUAAAGCGUGCUCAGGUAUCUUUGAAGCCCAGAGUAGACAAAGGAGAGCUAAAGGCACUCAAUCCGUAUAGGAAUGAAGCGGGAAUUAUCCGAGUUCGAGGGAAAGUAGAUAGUGCUGACAAGCCAUUAGCCAUGAAGCAUCCGGCUUUACUCCCUUGCGAACACUGGAUCUCAACCUCGAUUAUUAGGCAUGUUCAUGAGGAUGGUCAUGACGAUGUUGGUACGACUACAGCAAAGGCCAGGAGAAAGUACUGGAUCUUGAGAGCACAUGAUCUGGUCAAGAAGGUAAAGUUCGGAUGUGCAGCUUGCAGAACUUUUGAACACAAACUAGAAUCACAGGGGAUGGCGGAGCUGCAGAGAGGAAGGCUGCAGUUGCAUCCACUGCCAUUCCAAUACUCAUCUUGCAAUUACCAGAGGCCAAUUUGCAGAAUACCCAUAGAGCCUGAUGAGGGGAUCUACUUAAGUCCUAAUGACAUGCUGUUAGGACGAGCUUCAAUUGAUGUAGCUAAACGAGAAAGACAUUGCGUCGAACUAGUACAACGGAUUGUUGACUCAUUCUGGCGUCAAUGGACCAUAGUGAUUCUGCCACUACUAACUUCCGGACGGAAAUGGAACAGGGAUCGUCAGAACAUUCGCGUGGAUGACGACGUUAUAUAUCGGUACGGCGGGAUGUGA